CAUUUUCGCGACUUAACUGCUUAGCGGACCCUGCACAGAGAAACUGCGGCCGUAGGCCAGCGGCUUCGGCGGUUCCUUAGAAUUGGACGGCCGCUGAAGCGACCGGCCGACCGAAGAGCAAGAGACGAGAUUCCGGAAGCACAACAGAUGACUCAGGACGAGCCUUUGCUGGCGGUGCAGGCGGCCCUGAAGAAGUGCUUUCCUGUGGUGGAGGAGCAGCAGCGCCUGUGGCGGAGCAGCCUGAGCGACUGCCCGCCGCUCCUGGCCUCCCUCGGCAACCUGGCCGAGCAGCUGCAGGCGGCGCAGAACCUGCGCUUUGAGGACGUGCCGGCGCUGCGGGCCUUCCCGGGUUUGCAGGAGCGGCUGAGGCGCAAGCAGCUGGAGGCGGGAGACGCGGUCCUGGACCAGCUCGGAGAGCGGCUAGCUGCCCUCCUCAACGUGCGUGACACUGUCAGCAGCCACGUGGGACAAGUGCUUCAGAUCUAUGAGCAGCAUGCAGACGCAAUCGGCAUUGACGCUGUCCUGCAGGCUUCGGCGGCGAGCCCCUCUGUGGCUGACAUGUUGGAAUGGCUGCAAGAUAUUGAGAGACAUUAUCAAAGUUCGAAGGUACCUGAAGAGAAAGUACCUCCUGUCCUCAAUCGAUUGGGGAGACUUGGCAGGAAUCCAAGCUUUGCCCACAGCCUGGGACCGGAUUUCGGAAGAUGAACACCAAGACUUGGUACCAGACAUCCUACUGAACGUUUCCUUCUCCCUGGAAGAGUGAGGAAGCCAUGUGCUUCUCUGGAGAUCAGAGGGACACAGUUGAAGACCAGCAGUGCCACACUCUGCUGUUUCUUAAGAAAUAUCGAUAUUGCCCUGACCGGUUUGGCUCAGUGGAUAGAGCGUCAGCCUGCGGACUGAAGGGUCCCAGGUUCGAUUCCGGUCAAGGGCAUGUACAUUGGUUGCGGGCACAUCCUCAGUAGGCGGUGUGCAGGAGGCAGCUGAUCGAUGUUUCUAUCUCACCGAUGUU